UCGCGCCGCCCCUCUGCCCUGAGGUUUUCCAAUCCUCUUCUUCUUCCUUCUUCUGCUUCUGCCCCAUCCCAAGUGCUUCUGGAGAGCGUCGAGUGCAUUGUCGUCGAGACCUGGAGGGGCUUCCGACGUGGUUUGGAGGAGCGUGCCGUUGUUGGUUGUUGGUCGCGGACGACUUUUCCUGACAUUUUUGUGCCCUUUUUUGAGCCUGGUUUUGAAUUAGUUAAGUGGUGUUUGCGAGCGUGUUGGUGGUGGCCACCAGGUGUGGUGGAGCGAGCUCACAAGCAGCACGAGAGCAGGAGAUCGAUGUGAGCGGGAGGCACGGAGGGAGCGGUGGCUGCUGUGGCGUGCGUUUGAAGGGUUAGGGUGUGAGGCGGACAACGGUGGAGGCGAUAGCCGAGGCAUCGGUGAGCAUGGGGAUGUUGGGAGGUUGACCACGGGGGUCAAGGUUAAGAGUUGUGGUUUUCGAGAUAAAGCUAGAAAGUGCGGGCCAGAGUCACGCUCGCGGAAGUGGAGAAUCGGAGGAGCGAAGGUGCUUGUGAAAGCGUCUUGUGUGCGUUGGCUGUUGGUGGACUGAACUGAGGUUGGCCAUUUGUGAGGAAAAAUAAAGUAGAGAGGAAGCAAAUGGUUAGCGAGGGUUGAUGAGGAGUUAGGGUCAGAAGGUGGAGGAGGAGGAGCAGCAGGAGCGUCAGCGGAGCUCAGCGCACAGGGAGUGAGAACCUUAGAACACUAUCGUCACACGCUGUCGUGGCAUCUGGAGUUGCGACCCCUGCAGGGAGGGGAGAGAAGGUUGUUUGUACCACCUGCAGUAUUUCUUGGUCGGAUGAGUCGCGGUUGGAUAUCCUGAAGUAAGGAGGCGGACUUGAGCCUCCAUUUCCGAGGUGGUGAUAGUAUCUAUCCUAUCUGGGUUUACCUUUUUCAGCAUCCAUCGUCAGAUUUUACCGUCUGUGGGCUCGAGUACAUAGUUUGUUUGAAGGCUCAGAACAUUGGUGAUCUAUCCGAAAGGGCGGGAAAUCAGGGAAGCGCUUGAACGCUUGGGAGCGCAGGUUGGAGAACUUUGUCGAGGAGGAAAGUUUAUUUUAGUUUCUAGUUCUCUCUAGAAAGGAAGAGGAUAAGCAGAUAAAUGAAGGUAGUAUUGUAAAAGCAGGCACAUAUCAUCCAGGAGCAAGGUAGCCGAUAAGCAGGGAGCAAUGUCGUCCUUGAGUAGGGAACUUGUGUUCCUGAUCUUGCAGUUCCUUGAUGAAGAAAAGUUCAAGGAAACAGUGCACAAGUUGGAGCAAGAAUCAGGAUUCUUCUUCAAUAUGAAGUACUUUGAAGACCAAGUUCAAGGUGGUGAGUGGGAGGAGGUGGAACGAUAUUUAUCUGGGUUCACUAAGGUGGAUGACAACCGCUAUUCAAUGAAAAUCUUCUUUGAGAUACGGAAACAAAAGUACCUGGAAGCUCUGGACAAGCAAGAUCGGGCGAAGGCUGUUGACAUACUCGUGAAAGAUUUGAAGGUUUUCUCUUCUUUCAACGAGGAGCUCUACAAGGAGAUCACCCAGCUUCUUACUCUAGAGAAUUUCAGGGAAAAUGAGCAGCUGUCAAAGUACGGAGACACCAAAUCUGCUAGAAACAUUAUGCUUCUAGAACUCAAAAAACUAAUAGAAGCCAAUCCACUCUUUCGAGACAAGUUGGCUUUUCCAUCAUUAAAAGCAUCUCGCCUGCGCACCCUUAUUAAUCAGAGUCUCAAUUGGCAGCAUCAGCUUUGCAAAAACCCAAGGCCGAAUCCUGACAUUAAGACACUCUUCAUUGAUCACACAUGCGGGCCUCCUAAUGGGGCUCGAGCCCCACCGCCUGCUAAUAAUCCCUUGGUGGGUGGCAUCCCGAAGCAGGGUGCCUUUCCUCUUGGUACUCACAGUCCAUUCCAACCCGCACCGCCCUCCGCAAGUUCUUUAGCGGGAUGGAUGGCAAACCCCAAUCCACCAGCACCACAUGCUCCAGUUGCGAAUGGACCAGCUGCUCUGACUGCUCCCCCUAAUUCAGCUGCAUUGUUGAAGCGGCCUCGUACCCCACCAAGCACUACUCCGACUGUGGAUUAUCAGUCAGCUGAUUCCGAGCACCUCAUGAAGAGAGCCAGGCCUGGCGUUCAAUCAGUUGAUGAGGUCAAGACAGUGUUUGUUCCUGGUGGUACUAGUCAUCCUCAGAACAAUGUGUCACCUGACGACUUGCCAAAGAGCGUAGCCCGAUCCCUCAAUCAAGGUUCUUGCGUUAUGAGUAUGGAUUUUCAUCCAAUCCAGCAAAGUGUUCUUCUUGUGGGUACAAACGUUGGAGAUAUUGGAAUUUGGGAAGUGGGUUCGAGGGAGAAGCUUGCCCAACGAACAUUUAAAGUCUGGGACAUUACUGCUGCGUCCAUGCCCAUGCAGGCUGCAUUGGUCAAAGAUCCAGCUGUAUCAGUCAACAGAACGGUUUGGAAUCCAGAUGGCACAUUACUGGGUGUUGCGUUUUCUAAACAUAUCGUACACAUCUAUGCUUACAAUGGUGGCAGUGAUUUGCGGCAACAUUUGGAGAUUGACGCUCAUGUAGGCGGUGUUAACGAUUUGGCUUUCUCUCAUCCAAACAAACAAUUAUGUGUCAUUACUUGCGGAGAUGAUAAAACUAUCAAGGUUUGGGAUGCUGCAACAGGACGUAAGCAAUACACUUUUGAAGGACAUGAAGCACCUGUGUACUCUGUUUGUCCUCAUCAUAAAGAGAGUAUUCAGUUUAUAUUCUCAACAGCUAUUGAUGGCAAGAUAAAAGCUUGGCUCUAUGAUCUCCUUGGAUCUAGAGUUGACUACGAUGCACCUGGUCAUUGGUGCACUACAAUGGCUUACAGUGCUGACGGCACUAGACUCUUUUCUUGUGGAACUAGCAAAGAUGGAGAAUCUUAUCUGGUGGAAUGGAAUGAGAGCGAAGGCGCAAUUAAGCGGACAUACUCAGGUUUCCGCAAGCGAUCCGCCGGCGUUGUGCAGUUUGAUACGACCCGAAAUCGUUUCCUAGCUGCUGGUGACGAAUUUCUGAUCAAGUUCUGGGACAUGGAUAAUACGAACUUGCUUACUACAAUUGAUGCAGAGGGUGGCUUGCCGGCAAGUCCACGUCUCAGGUUCAACAAAGACGGCUCUUUGCUUGCUGUCACUACCUCGGAUAAUGGCAUCAAGAUUUUGGCUAAUCGCGAUGGGAUGCAGAUGCUCCGUGCGUUGGAAGCUCGUGCGUAUGAUACUAAUCGAGUUCCUCCGGAACCUGCUGUUUCUAAGCCGCCAGUCGGAAAUGCACUUGGGGUCGUGAGCACCCCAGGUGGCGGCGGUGGGGAACGACCGAAUUCUUCGUCGAUGGCUGGGUCCGUUAUGGAUGGUCCAACCCUAAACAUGGGGGGAUCAAGGGUCCGACCACGAGAAAGGGUCGGCAAUGACCAUUCUGGUAUGGAAGGAGGGCGCACACCUGAGACGAAACCAAGAAUACCUGACGAAAUCCCAGACCGAAGCAAGAGCUGGAAGCUGACAGAAAUAACUGAGCAGAAUCAAUGCCGGACAAUAAGAUUGCCCGACAGCCUGCCUCCAAACAAGGUUGCAAGGCUUAUUUACACGAAUGCAGGAGUUGCUCUGCUGGCACUAGCUUCGAAUGCUGUGCACAAGCUUUGGAAAUGGCAACGAAACGAGCGGAAUAUAAAUGGAAAGGCUACUGCAAGCGUUUCCCCACAGUUGUGGCAACCUGCCAGUGGUAUUUUGAUGACCAAUGACAUCAGCGAAACCAACCCUGAAGAUGCUGUGCCUUGCAUAGCGCUAUCGAAGAAUGAUUCUUAUGUGAUGUCCGCCUCGGGAGGAAAAGUCUCUUUGUUCAAUAUGAUGACAUUCAAGGUCAUGACGACAUUCAUGCCGCCACCUCCAGCAGCUACUUUUCUUGCGUUCCAUCCCCAAGACAACAACAUCAUUGCCAUAGGAAUGGAGGAUUCAACAAUACAGAUUUAUAAUGUUCGUGUAGAUGAGGUAAAGAGCAAGUUGAAGGGCCAUCAGAAGAGAAUCACUGGCUUGGCGUUCUCCAAUACCCUCAAUGUGCUUGUAUCAUCAGGGGCGGAUGCUCAGUUGUGUAUGUGGGGAACAGAUGGCUGGGAGAAGCGAAAGUCUAAGUUUGUGCAAGUUCAGCCUGGUGGGAGAUCACCAUCUAUGGGAGACACCCGCGUUCAAUUUCACAACGAUCAAGUUCGACUUCUUGUUGUCCACGAGUCACAGUUGGCUGUGUACGAGGCCGCAAAAUUAGAUCGUCUUCGCCAGUGGGUCCCUCAAAACCCCUUCCCAGCAGCUAUUUCGAAUGCCACCUACUCAUGCGACAGUCAGCUUAUUUAUGCGGGCUUCGUCGAUGGCUCUGUUGGCGUCUUCGAUGCUGAAAGCUUACGACCACGAUGCAGGCUUGCCCCAUCUGUGCACAUACCUCCGGGAGUGAGUGGAUCGACAGUUUACCCCUUAGUGAUUGCUGCGCAUCCCGCAGAGCCAAACCAAUUUGCAUUGGGCUUGAGUGAUGGAGGUGUACAAGUAAUAGAGCCACUAGAAUCUGAGGGGAAAUGGGGGACGGGGCCCCCUGCAGACAAUGGAACAGCUAGUGGUGUACCAUCUGGUCCUGCUUCUGGCAACCAAGGAUCAGACCAAACCCCAAGAUGAUGUACAGUUGUGACUACAAAGAGCUUUUGUAGCAGUUGUAGCUGCGCAGCUUACAAUUGGGGGACUGUACCUCUUUCUCAACAUAUGCAUGCAAGGCCCAUGAUUUCUUCUGUUUGCAAGAUAGUGAAGAUGGGUCUAUUCUUGAGUUCCAGAGACUGAUUCAUGGCCUGUGGCCUGCGACCCGGGGUUUGGAUUCAUUUUUGUGAGCUCGUUGUAGAAAAAAAAUGAACCGGAGGCGAAGGCCACGUAGUCUAGGUCUACUAUGCGUUUGGUGAGUACUUGAAAUCGUUGGUACGAAAGUUGACCUGAUAUUGGGUUAGGGGGAGGUAAGGAGAUGUUAUUUGUACAGAAAAAUGUUUGUUUCCAUCAAUCACUUUUGGAUAAAAAUUCUCCUUUCGAAUUC